UUUAUGGAAACGGCUCACCGACACAGAAACUGCAACCAGUAGCCAGUCGGGUUGGUCGCAUGUCGCGGGUUGUUUCUCUGGUUUGACUUAAACUUCGUCGAGUCUUUAAUUUCUCCAGAGGAUUUUCUUUCAAAUCUUAAUUGGAGGACGAUAGCACGGUGAGGAGGUAACUUCUCUUUUUCUUAGAUAAAUUUAUUACAAAAUCUGGUUGUCAACUUGUCAUCGUGGCACAAACAUGACCGAGGUGGCGCAGGUUACGGCCAUAGAUGCCCAUGACUUGGCAGACAUUGCGAAUGAAAGUGAACACAGCAUGAGCGGCGAAGAAGACAAAGAGGAUGACAUGACACAUGAGGAGGAUGAUGAGACGGUCAGCUAUCCAGAGAAUAAAAGUGAGAAGAUAUUGCAGAGUGACGAUAAAAAACCUCAACGUGCAAGUGAUAAACCAAGCAAGACGGCCCAUGUUAACGGUGUGGAGGACAAAGAAAACACAGCAAAGGAGAAAAACAAGUCUGAGGAUGUUAAUGGUGUUUCACCAGAGAAAAAGGAUCCUGAAACAGUUGACACCCAGAAUAUUUCUGAUUUGACAAUUAAGAAAGAGAAACUGCUCAGAUCAAGAAAACCAGUGGCAAGAAGCUACGUGCCGAAGCUGAAUAAAGAAAAGGGGGAUGUGACCAACAAGUUUGAGGUGAUGCAGAAGGCCAGGGAGGAGCGCAGCCGGCAGAGGAAUAGGGAGGAACAACAGAAGAGGAAGGACCAGUAUGUCAAGGAGAGGGAGUGGAAUCGCAAGAAGCAGCAGAUAAAAGAACUACUUGCAUCCAGUGAUGAGGAAGAGGACGUGAAACCAGCAAAGGUGGAAAAGUCCUACGUCCCCAAAAUAACAGGUAGUGUGAAGGGGAAGUUUGCAGAAAUGGAAAAACAAAGACAAGAGGGGGAAAGGAAGAAGAUGGAAGAAGAAAGGAAGAAAAGGGAGGCCCAGGACAACAUGGAGAAAGCCAAAAUAAAAAAAGAAUUGGCUCAGAAAGCUGCUGAGGAAGGGGAUGACACAAUACUGGUACGUGUGGUUCCAGCGAAGGCAUCUCGACCUCCAGGCAGAAUCAAGAUGAACUUUGAGGACAUAGAGAAGAACCGAGAGGAGGAGCUGAAGAAGAAGGCAGAAGAGGAGAAGAAGAGACGAUACGAUGAAAACAGACGUUCUUUCAGGGAGGCCAAGCGACGCUCUAUUGUUCAAGAGGAUGAAGAGGAGAAGCCUUCAGAGAAGACAACAGUAACUCCUGGAAAGCUGAAGCUGACAUUUGAGGAACUGGAGAAGGAACGGCAGGAGCAGAGGAAGAAGCAGGCUGAGGAAGAAGCAAAACAACGCUUGUUCGAGGAGAAGAAGGCUUUUGAGCAGGCCAGGUUGGGAAUGGAAGAAGAUGAGGAAGGUACUCAGCCGCUCCAGGAAGACAAAGAGGAAUUCCGUCCUGGAAAACUGAGACUGAGCUUUGAAGAGCUAGAAAGGCAAAGGGUGGAAGAAGAGCGCAAGAAAGCAGAGGAGGAGGCCAAGAGACGGAUGGAGGAGGAGAGAAAGGCUUUCGCCGAAGCCAGGAAGAGCAUGCUUGUAGACGAGGAUGAUGAGGUUCUGAUGGCCUUACUGAACCUGGAGGGUAGCAAGCCUGGGAAGAUAUGCAUCAGCUUUGAGGACCUGGAACGACAGAGACAAGAGGAAGAGCAGAAGAAGGCAGAGGAGGAGGCCAAAAGGAGACUUGAAGAAGAAAAAAGGCUCUUCGCAGAGGCCCGCAAGAGCAUGACCCCUGCCCUGGAUCAGGAAAUGUCUGCAUAUGGAGAUGAAACAGUGCUGGAUGAGGAUGAGGGAAUGAUGAAGAGUGAAUCUCAGGAAGCUCUUCAUCCUCGAAAACUGGAGAUCAACUUUGAGGAGCUGCUGAAAAUGAAGGAUGAAGCUGAAAGGAGACGCAAGGCAGAGGAGCGCAAAAAGAAACUGGAGCAGGAGAAGCAGGAAUUUGAACAACUCAGACAAGAAAUGGGUGAGGAUGAAGUAAAUGAAAGCUCCGAUGUUGUAAGCAAAGAAUAUGAAGAGCUGACAAAGCUCAAGAGAACUGGCUCCAUUCAGGCCAAAAACCUCAAGUCCAAGUUUGAGAAGAUCAAGCAGCUGACUGAGGAGGAGAUUCAGAAAAAGAUUGAGAUGGAGAGAGAGCGGAGGAAGGCCAUUGAUGAUGAAAUUAAACAGAGAGAAGCUGAGAGGAUCCUGGAGGAGGAAGAAGAAGGAGAAACAACUCCUUCAAAAGCUGAGGAGUCACCGUUCAAGCAGAAGGUGGACAUGCGAGCUCGAUUUGAACAAAUGGCUAAAGCCAGAGAGGAAGAAGAGCGGAAGAGGAUAGAGGAGCAGAAGCUACAGAGAAUGCAGUUUGAACAGCAGGAGAUUGAUGCUGCCCUGCAAAAAAAGAAGGAGGAUGAUGGGGAGGACGAGGCUGGCGUCAUCAAUGGCUCUGCAGCUUAUGAAGAUGAUGAAGAUCAUGCCAGGUCAGGGGCUCCGUGGUUUAAAAAGCCCCUUAAAAAUCAGUCAGUGGUGGAUUCUGAGCCUGUUCGGUUUACAGUUAAGAUCACCGGGGAGCCAAAGCCAGAGGUGACCUGGUGGUUUGAGGGAGAGAUGCUCCAAGACUGUGAGGACUAUCAGUAUAUAGAAAGAGGAGAGACAUACUGCCUCUACCUGCCAGAGACCUUCCCAGAGGACGAGGGAGAGUACAUGUGCAAGGCUGUGAACAGCCGAGGCACAGCAGCAAGUACUUGCAUCCUCACAAUAGAAAGUAAGACCACUUUGGUGUGAUGGCAUGCCUGCAUGAUGCCUGUUAUCUGGAACUCAUCUCUCUUAAUGAAGUGGAUCGCAUGCUCCUCUUUGAUAUGAGCUCAGGCUGAAAAGCAAAUAUGGAUAACAACUCAUCUGUUUCUUUUUUGCAGCUUAUGACUACUGAUGCCCUCCAUGUUCUGGAGAUUUUCCUGCUGUUUUUCACUCCUUUUGUAAAACUUCAUCCCUGGUAUUGUCAAACAGCAAAGGGAAGAGCAAUAUGCUUGGCAUUCCUAAGGGAGGGAUACAUAGCACAUGCACACACAAACAAAAAACUUUAAAAUGUUGUUUACGCAAUACUCAAUCAUAAAGCAGUUCUCCCUGCUAGGAUGUUGGAUGAUACAUGUGCCAAAACAGAUAUGACUCUUGUUCACAAGCUAAUGGUUGCAUUAAAUUUCAAAAUCUUUACUAAAAGUCCCUAAAAUAUUUGUAAUAAAACAAUUUCAAGUGUUUUGGUGCUGUUUGUAAAUAUAACACUUCACGGUCCAUGAAUGGCAAAUAUAUAGCUUAAGGUAUUCUAAUACUGUAGGUAAAACCUUACAUAUCAAAUGUGCAUUGAUGUGAAUAACAUAGAAAUACAAAUCAAAUUAAUAGAACAUGUUACAUCUUGCUUAAGAGUUCAAUCACAGCUCAACAUAAAUUGUGUUUUGUAGUUUCUUGUGAUACUUCCCUGUUAUAUUGAUAGAUAUACCAGUGGUCACUUAUUUUAGGGUCUGCCAGCCACAUGUUACAGGAAUGAAACUCAUGUGUACAUCCUGAUUUUUAUUUUGCAGCAUCCAAAACAAAUUAAUGUUGAUUUACCAUGCAUCCAUUUUUUUCUGUUUGAAUUGUCAUUUUUUGGUUGUCCAGAACAACCAUUUAUUGUUUGAUAAUGAAAACAAAGUAGAGUAGUAUGAAUAUUUGUCAUUUAUUAUAAAUAGAAUACAAGUUUUAA